AUGGCCAAGGUUUCUUCUAAGAAGACUUCGGUCCAGAAGACCGAGUCUCCCAAGAGCACCAAGUCGGUCUCUCCUCAACUUAUCGCAUCAGUCGCCGCUUUUCUGUCCGAGAAGUUCCCCGAGACCAGCGCCGCGUUCACCAAAGAGGCCAAAAUUGCCAAGAAGAGCGAUGUGAAGAAUGUGCCGUCUCUCGUCGAGCUUUUCCAGGCCUCCGAGAAAGACUCUGGUGUGAAGAAGACUGCCAGCUCCAGCUCUUCUUCCAGUUCUUCUUCUAGCUCUUCUUCCAGCUCCGACAGCUCUAGCGAUAGCGAGUCGGACGUCGAGAUGGGCGAGGCUGCUCACUCAUCCUCGUCUUCUUCCAGCUCCGAUAGUGAUGCCGAUGAUGAAGAUGAUGAAAAGUCUCCCGCUGCCCCUGCGCCCGUCAAGAAGACCACCGGUGUCAAGCGCAAGGCUGAGUCCAGCAGCGAGUCCAGCAGCUCAUCUUCCGACUCGUCGUCCGAGUCUGAGGAUGACACUCCCAAGGCCAAGAAAGCCAAGGUUACCAAGGAGGCCUCCGAAUCCUCAAACUCUUCUUCUUCUUCCGACUCUUCUUCUUCCUCCUCGGAUUCCUCCAGCUCCGAAUCAGACUCUUCCUCCGACUCCUCUUCCGACUCUUCUUCUGAUUCAUCCUCCGAUUCAUCCUCCGAGUCCGAGUCUGAGAAGGAGUCUAAGAAGGCCCUGAAGCAGGCUAAGAAGACUCCUCUUCCCAAGUCCGACUCCCCCAGUGAUUCCGACUCCACCUCCAGCAACACUCUGGCCGCCUCCCCAGAGGUCAAGGCCGUCACCAAGGUUGCAGCAGCUGCGCAGACUUCUUCCUCCAGCGCCAGCCCUGCCCCUGGCAACCUUCCCGCUAAGAAGAAGCACACCGGAGCCCGCCCCACCCCUCUGGCUCUGCUCAGCGAGUUGCCACACGACCACCCCUCUAACGACUACAUGUCCUACGCCUACGCUGACCGUGCCUGGAAGGAUCUCUCCGUGACUCGUGGCAAGGGUUUCACCAAGGAGAAGAACAAGAAGAAGCGCGGCUCUUACCGUGGCGGCCCCAUUGAUAUCGGUCCUGCCAAGACUUCUUUCAAGUUCGAAGACUAA